UUGGCUGCUUCUGGCCAAUGCAGCAAUUGCAGGCAGCUUUUAGCAGCUUUUAGCAUUUAACACGCUUCACAACCGCGUUUCAGCUGUUUGUCAUUGUAAAGGAAGAAUAUGAAAACGCUCUAAAUGUGCGAAAGAAGACGCCGACACGUCCAGGGAGAUGGUUUCCACCGGCGUUGCCUCUGAAGAGGAGAAGCUCACGUAAAGAAACCCGGAAGUGCUGCUGAAGCUUCCAGCAGCCACGGACGCAAUGAGUGCCAAAUAUGGCCUAGUGAGCUACAACAGUUCACGGAAGCACAUCUCAAUCUCCAUGCCGUCGUCCACGGAGGUGAUGUCGCCCCACAUAAAGUCUGUGGAGGAGCUGAGGGUCCUAGGGAUCAACCUGAGCAACUUCAGUUCCCCCACACAGUUCUUGAUCUGCGUGGCCGGAGUCUUCGUCUUUUACCUCAUCUAUGGAUACCUGCAGGAGUUGAUAUUUUCCGUGGAAGGAUUCAAGCCUUUUGGUUGGUACCUCACCCUGGUCCAGUUUGGCUUCUACUCCAUGUUUGGACUGGUUGAGCUUCAGCUCACACAGGACAAACGCAGAAGAAUACCGGGAAAGACCUAUAUGAUCAUAGCAUUUCUUACAGUGGGCACUAUGGGCCUGUCCAAUACCUCUCUGGGCUACUUGAACUACCCUACACAGGUCAUCUUCAAGUGCUGCAAACUCAUCCCAGUCAUGAUUGGAGGAGUGUUUAUACAAGGUAAACGCUAUAAUCUGGCUGAUGUGUCUGCUGCUCUCUGCAUGAGUCUGGGCCUCAUCUGGUUCACGCUAGCCGACAGCAAAGUGGCCCCCAGCUUCAACGUCACAGGUGUUUUGCUCAUCUCCAUGGCGCUGUGUGCAGACGCUGCCAUUGGAAACGUGCAGGAGAAAGCUAUGAAACUCCACAAUGGCUCCAACUCUGAAAUGGUGCUGUACUCGUACUCCAUCGGUUUCGUCUACAUACUGACAGGCCUGCUCUGUGUGGGUGGACUGGGACCAGCAGUGGCAUUCUGCUCAGAACAUCCUGUGAAGACGUACGGUUACGCAUUCUUCUUCUCUCUUACGGGUUAUUUUGGUAUCUCCUUCGUGCUGGCCUUGAUCAAGCUCUUCGGUGCCCUGGUUGCAGUCACAGUGACCACCGGGAGAAAGGCCAUGACUAUCGUACUUUCCUUCAUGUUUUUCGCGAAACCUUUCACUUUUCAGUACAUCUGGGGCGGCCUUCUGGUGCUCUUCGGCAUCUUCUUGAAUAUUUACAGUAAAAACAAAGAGAAAAUGAAGCUCCCCUCCAUCAAGGACCUCAGGAGUUGGCUGCUGACGGGAAAGAAAGUCAGAUUUCUCGCACAAAACGUAUAGGAGGCACCCACGGGGCGUGUAGCCGAAGUCCUGCGCUGGCAGAUGUAGAGUUGGCCCGGCUGUCUCGGAGCGCUGAAGCCCGAACUACGAGCCUCACCACCACCAACAGUGAGCCAAGGAUGGGUAUACAGGGUUCGACCACCAAUCAGCCUGACAAACAGCUGACACCCGAUUAAACUGGGACGGGUGAUAGAGUCGCUGUAUCCCAUCUCUAUCUACCACUAGUGUAGAACUUUUACUCAAACUCUCUGCAGCAAACCGAAGGAACUGUUUUUUUACAAGGGGAUCAAUGCUAGUGGGCUCCUUUUUAAAGCGCUGCUUCAGAGCCCCACAGAAACAUUCCUACACAUGGAGGACAACACUGAGGACUUUUCUAAAAGGGAAGCCAGCGCCUUAGCUAACCAAAUCGCACAGUUUUGCACUGGAAAUGACUCGUACACUUAAACCCUCGAGUGGUUGUAAAAAAAAACUGAAACGUUGGAAGGAAAGAGUACAGAGCGACAUGCUAACCUGUCAUGACUGAAAUGAAUGUUUGCCGCCCCCACCCCCUCCGCCUAAAAGAAAAAAUACAUAUUGAUAAACGGGCAUAUCUGCCCCCGCAUGUGCCAGAACGACAGAACAAAACUUUGUUUUACAUAAUCACUGUCUUGAUGAAAGUGGCUUUUUUUCAUAGUUUAUUGGUCAUUUAUAUCAGACUGUGCCCCUAAUUCAUGAAAAACGUGUGUUCAUGUGGGGACAUUUUCGGGGGUGACAUUUGCUCCCGUGUACAUCAUUACAUGAACAAUGUCAACUGCCAUAAUUUGCUAACCAUGUGUUUGGGUGAAAGGGUACCACUCUUUUUACAUUAAAACAAACUGAGACGUUUAUCUUAAUGUCCAGUGUUUUCUAUGUGUGUGUGUGUAUGUGUGUGUGUCCCCCCCCCCUGCACCGCUUGAGAGAUGAGUUGAAAUGUUGCCAAACUGUGUGUGUGUGUGUGCGUGUGUUUAUCCAUCCAGUGGCCUUAGGCGUGUUUGAUUAGGAGUCCUGAAAAAAAGAUAGCACUGCUAGACAGAAAAUAAACAGCAGUCUUCACUGUG